AUGUCAACCAGAUGUAUUAUUGAACGUUGCAAUGGGGUGUUAAAAAUGAGAUUUAGGUGCUUAUUAAAGGAUAGAAUACUACAUUACAAACCGGAAAAAGUAUCGUCCUUAAUAAAUGCGUGUGUAGUUCUGUAUAAUAUGUGUAUCGCAAACAAUGUCCCUAUGACAUAUGAAUACGAUAUUGAGGAACAUGAAAAUUUAGGUAUGCUGGGAGACCAAGAAAUAUUAGAAGAUAGCAAUCGCAAUAUAGAGUUGACUCUUGGGAGACAACAAUGA